AUGACCACAUCCUUACUUCACCUUUCCUUCAUCAUUAAUUAUUCGAGGGGCCGAUGGGGUUGUCAAAUAAGUGACAGGGGAUUGGAGGACAUAUCUUCAGCUAAGUGUGUGAGCAACCUGACAUCCAUAUCCCUUUGGGGUAUGAUAGGAAUCACAGACAAGGGUGUUGUUCAUUUGGUAUCAAGAGCUAAUUCCUUGCAACACCUGAAUAUUGGGGGUACAUUUAUCACAGAUGCAUCUUUGUUUGCCAUUGCAGACAACUGUCCGUAUCUAAAGAGUGUAAUACUAUGGAGCUGUCGACAUGUAAUCGCCGAUGGCAUCCUUGUUCUUGUAAGCAAAUGUCGGAGACUUGAAUCCAUCAAUAUAUGGGGAACCAGAAUCUCUGUAGACUGCUGCAUUGCUAUGCUUACCAUUCGUCCGCCUCUUGACAUUAAGCUCGGAGGAUUGCUCUAAAAAUUUUCAUAAUGCAGAAGCCAUUCUUGUGGUCAAUUGUUUGAUGUGUACAUGGUUAUGAUUGUAUGCAUUAGUCCUCUUGAACAUACUCAUGUCUCUGUCUUUACAUCCACAAUUUCAAGAACUCUCUCUCUGUUGCACACAGGAAUUUGACAAUUGUAAGCCAUGGCAGCAUGAGUGCAAGUCAUGCUGCCAAUUACGUCCUUCGAUGAUUUGUACAUAC